GCGGAGGGUGUGAAUUGGAUUGCAUGCAGUGAAAGAUGAAUCCUCACUGAACAGUAAACACGCGAUGGAGAUGGAUUGUAGCUUUCUUUUAGCCAAGAAUAUGCCUUAUGUCGUGUCGCCGAAUCACUUAAAUGCCAUCAUGUGGAUCAGAGUAAGGACAAUGGAUGGCCAAAAAGACACACGUGUUAGGGGUUUGAGCAAACUUACCAAAAUUGAAGACCUUAGGAUCAAGCUUGAAGAAGCUUUUGAUGUACCACCCAGUAUACAAAGACUAUUCUUUAAAGGAAAACAGCUUGAAGAUGGUCACACGUUGUUUGACUAUAAUGUGGGACUUGAUGAGAUUGUUCAGUUAAUGAUAAGAACAAUUGCUCCACCCAGUGACAAAAACAAUAAUGGAAAGCAAACCCAAGACGAAACUGAACAAUCAGUCAAUAAAGAAGAUGACGAGUCUGCCAUGCAUGUCAAUGGUCAUGUUUCAGAUGAGGACCAGGAGUUAGAGGAGGACAAGAAUCAACCAAGUACUUCAGAGGAAAAGGUUCCUCAAAGCCUCUACAAGAUAGGUGAAAUGAUAGAUGGAAAGGAUCCUAAAAUGGGUGCAUGGUUUGAGGCCAAGAUUGUGGACAUUUCUCUGGCAGAUGAAAACAACCCAAGUUCCAUUCUGUAUCAUGUGGUUUUUGAUGGUUCUGAGGAAGAUGAGAUGACUAAGCUUCAUGAGAAUUCUAUUAGACCCAUUGCUAGAACUGCCCUUCCUUGGGAACAGAUCUCAGUGGGACAACAUGUAAUGGCAAAUUACAACCAUGAUGAACCAGACGAGAGAGGUUACUGGUAUGAUUUCAAAAUCACAAAAAAGCUGGAUGGUUUUACAAGAAAAAGUAGAGAGCUUUAUGCCAGAUUGUUGUUAGGAAAUAGCACAGAAGACACAGUUGCAGAAGAGUGCAAAAUUAAAUUCAUUGACAAAGAAAUAUUCCAGAUUGAAGGUCCUCCAGAUCCGUGUAGGUCAGGGGAAUCUAUAAGUUCGUCCAGCAGUAGAUCUUCACCAGCCAAAAGACAAGUGAAGCCUGACUGCAGCUACUGUAAAGAUGACCCAAAGAAAUUGUGCAAACAUUGUAAUUGCCAUAAGUGUGGUGGAAAAGAAAACCCUGGUGACCAACUCCUUUGUGAUGAAUGUGACUUAGCAUAUCACAUCUAUUGUUUGUCUCCACCUUUGGAAAAAAUCCCUGAAGAUGAUGAAUGGUAUUGCCCCCUGUGUAAAAAUGAUACAUCACAGGUCAUUCAUGCUGGAGAGAAGUUGAGAGAAAGCAAGAAGAAAAUGAAGAUGGCUUCUUCAAACUCAACUACAAACAGAGAUUGGGGAAAGGGUAUGGCUUGUGUUGGGCGGACUAAGAUUUGCUCCAUUGUGCCUCCAAACCACUUUGGACCAAUCCCUGGAGUUCCUGUAGGAUCUUGUUGGAAGUUCAGAGUUCAGGUUAGUGAAGCUGGGAUUCACCGUCCACAUGUCAGUGGCAUUCAUGGCAGGGAUGGUGAUGGAGCCUACUCUAUUGUGCUGGCUGGUGGAUAUGAAGAUGAUCUGGACAAUGGAGAGGAAUUCUUUUACACUGGAAGUGGUGGUAGAGAUCUUUCUGGAAAUAAAAGAACAGCUGAACAGUCAUGUGAUCAAACAUUAACAAAAAUGAACAGGGCACUGGCAAAAAAUUGUGCUGCUCCAUUAAAUGAUAAAGAUGGAGCAGAAGCUAAAAACUGGAAAGAAGGAAAAGCUGUGAGGGUGGUUAGAAGUGCCAAGCUGGCAAAGCACUCCAAACAUGCACCAGCAGAUGGAAAUCGCUAUGAUGGCAUAUAUAAGGUUGUGAAAUACUGGCCAGAGAAGGGGAAAUCAGGAUUUAUUGUUUGGAGAUACUUGUUACGCAGAGAUGAUGAGACCCCAGCACCAUGGACAAAGGAGGGCAAGAAAUUAAUUGAAGAACAUGGCUUGAAGAUGGUGUAUCCUGAAGGAUUUUUGGAGGCACAAGCCAAAAAAGAAGAGGAAAAAAAGAAACAGCAGAAAGAAAAAGAUGAGGAAAAGGAAACAGGGAAAGGAAAGGGGAAAGGCAAGGGUAAAAGGAAACGAGAUAAAGGUGAAGUGAGCCCAACCAAAUCACCUCCAGCAAAGAAAAGAAGCUAUAAGUUGCCAGAAAAGACGAAAGAAUUGCUUGAUGCUGAUACAAUAAACACCAAACUCUGGAGUGAAGUUACCAGUGGAUUACAAGACUACCCUACAUUUGUUCAAAAGGUGGAAGAGGCAUUCACAUGCAUUUGCUGUCAAGACAUUGUAUGUGAACCUAUAACUACAAAAUGUCUUCAUAAUAUCUGUAAGAGUUGUCUUCAACGCUCCUUUAAGGCAGAGGUUUAUUGUUGUCCAGCUUGUCGCACUGAGCUUGGAAGGAACUACAAAUUCACAGUGAACACAUCUUUAGAUGCAGCUCUCAAUCAUUUGUUCCCUGGUUAUACCAAGGGGCGGUGACCCCCUCCCUCUGGUUGUUUUUGAAAUGCAGCUAAACAAAAUUCACAUGGCCUUUGCAUAUCAUAGACAGUUGUCUUAAACAUGAAAGACUCUACGACCCUUAAGACCCUAAACCUUGAAAACACAACACCCUCAAAAAAUGGAAUACAAAUUUUCAAGUAUUUUUAUUGUAAGCCCAUACUAAUGCAGGUAAAAAUUGAAAAGGAUGCACUUUCCUUACUUCAUUGUCUGUCAGUGAUUUCUCCCCUAAACUUUAAUUCCAUUAAUUUUUUUUUUGGUUUGAAGAAUUAAUACAUGGAACCCUUAGAACCUUGGAGUUCAAAAUGACCUCUAUCAUGAUUCUUUUGGUUGAUUAACCAUUAU